ACGGCAGCCAGACAGACUCCUCCCCGAACAUCGUGCACCUUCCCCCCGCUACGUUAUAAAGCGACCAGCGCCGGCUUGACGCUCCCUGGCCGCUAGUCUUUUCGUUGAUGGUUAGACUCUGCGAGAGGAGGAUGAAGUUCCUUGUGGCAGCCACCAUCAUCGUGGGUUCCGUGAUUUUCCUCGCCUUUCCCGGCGGUUCGUCCGCGGACGGGAAGAAGUUGGGCCCUAAAGUAACCGCUAAGGUCUACUUUGAUAUGAGGAUCGGGGAGGAGGACGUCGGGAGGGUCGUCAUUGGGUUGUUCGGAAAGACCGUCCCCAAAACGGUGGAGAACUUUGUCGCCUUGGCAACUGGAGAGAAAGGAUUUGGCUACAAAGGCAGCAAGUUCCACCGCGUGAUUAAGCAGUUCAUGAUCCAGGGAGGAGACUUCACCAAAGGAGACGGAACUGGAGGCAAGAGCAUCUACGGCGACCGCUUCCCCGACGAGAACUUCAAGCUGAAGCACCACGGCCCCGGCUGGCUCAGCAUGGCCAACGCCGGCAAAGACACCAACGGCUCGCAGUUCUUCAUCACCACCGUGCAGACAACCUGGCUGGACGGCAAACACGUGGUCUUUGGCAAAGUGCUGGAGGGAAUGGAUGUGGUGAGGAAGAUUGAGGACACCAAAACAGACGGCCGCGACAAGCCUCUCAAAGACGUCGUUGUCCACGAUUGCGGCAAGUUGGACGUGGACGUACCUUUCGCUGUGCCCAAAGAAUAGAUGACUUGGAACAGCAGACUGCUUUUGGGGGGUGGGGGGGGGGG